CCCCCACUAUCCAUGGAUAUAGCAUGCUGGUAUUACCGCCCCCGUGUGUCACCGACCCCAACACCCUUGCUGGAUACAUCUAUUACAUCCAUUACACACCACGUUACCCGGCACUGUUCUCCUCCCCGCAGAUCAAGCUGUCUUCCACUUCCCGUCACGAAUUCCCCCCACCCACCCUGCUGUUAGCCCGGGGCAAUAGUAAUGGUCCAUGUCGAACUCGGUUUUUCGAUGGCCCUCUGAUCGACAAUGCAGGAGCGUUUCGAGUGAAGAUAGGGGCCAUCCAAACGUCUUCGUGAUGCUAGGCCCUCUGAUACAAAUCGCCCUCCCAUGCAAUAAUCUCCUCGGACUCACCGUUAGAUGUUUCACUCGCAAGCAGUACAUAUUGAGUCUGUAUUACCAUGGCUCCAUCACACACGAGGAUUGGCGAUGUAGGGUUCGGCCAACUUUUGGUCCUAUGCCGAGUGGUGAUACUCCGGUGGAACCCCAGGAAUAUAAGCGGGGUCGCGCUGUGGCGCACCAUCCAGGGUUCCGUGGCUGGUGCGAUCUGAGCUUAACUCGCCAACUCGAGGGUCUGGAUUCGCUGUUAUGGUUGGAUGACGUGAACGACAUCCCGGUCCUCAUACAAACCGUCUGCAUUCUUGUACGCCAUCGCCCGGAUGUUGGAUCCGGACGUCACCACCGUCCGCCUCCCGUGAUGGCAUUGCGACAAUCUGCUUGGUCCUCGCUCAUGGUUGCAGCUGGUCAUCUUUCCGGGUUAGCCGUGAAGUGGGGUUCAUAUAUAAACGUACUGUAGCCCGGGACAAUGUCCUUGUGGGGAUGGAUUAUAUUGUCACUGUACUAUUUGGUCAUCUCUUGAGAGACACAUACAAUAUCAACAACAUCAUAUCUACAGAGCUGUCAAAAUGUCGAACAUUAUGCACAAAGUCAAGGAUGCCAUAACUGGCCAUCACAACGACUCCUAUAGCAAAGGAAGUCACGGAUCGAAGCCUAGCUC